AUGGGGGCUGGAGCCAGUGCUGAGGAGAAACAUUCAAGGGAAUUGGAAAAGAAACUGAAGGAAGAUGCUGAGAAAGAUGCUAGGACAGUGAAGCUGCUUCUGCUGGGUGCUGGUGAAUCUGGAAAAAGCACCAUCGUUAAGCAGAUGAAAAUUAUCCAUCAAGAUGGUUACUCCCUGGAGGAGUGCCUAGAGUUUAUUGCCAUCAUUUAUGGCAACACCCUACAAUCCAUUCUAGCCAUUGUCCGAGCCAUGACAACCCUCAACAUCCAGUACGGAGACUCAGCCAGACAAGAUGAUGCAAGGAAGCUAAUGCAUAUGGCAGACACUAUCGAGGAGGGCACAAUGCCCAAAGAGAUGUCCGACAUCAUUCAACGACUGUGGAAGGACUCGGGCAUCCAAGCCUGCUUUGACCGAGCCUCUGAAUACCAGCUAAACGACUCUGCGGGAUACUACCUCUCAGACCUGGAGCGGCUGGUGACCCCUGGCUACGUGCCCACAGAGCAGGACGUGCUGAGGUCCCGAGUCAAGACAACAGGUAUCAUUGAGACCCAGUUCUCCUUCAAGGACCUCCACUUCAGAAUGUUUGAUGUGGGAGGCCAACGCUCAGAGAGGAAAAAAUGGAUCCACUGCUUCGAAGGUGUCACCUGCAUCAUCUUCAUUGCGGCUCUCAGCGCCUACGACAUGGUGUUGGUGGAAGAUGAUGAAGUGAACCGGAUGCACGAGAGUCUCCACCUGUUCAACAGCAUCUGUAACCACCGUUACUUUGCCACGACCUCCAUUGUCUUGUUCCUUAACAAGAAGGACGUCUUCACAGAGAAGAUUAAGAAGGCCCCCCUCAACAUCUGCUUUCCUGACUAUGACGGCCCCAACACCUACGACGAUGCGGGGAACUACAUUAAGAUACAGUUCCUGGAGCUGAACAUGCGGCGGGACGUGAAGGAGAUCUACUCGCACAUGACGUGCGCCACAGAUACCCAGAACGUCAAGUUCGUCUUCGAUGCGGUCACCGACAUUAUCAUCAAGGAGAACCUGAAGGACUGCGGCCUCUUCUGA